AUGGACUUGUAUCAAACCGCUACGAAUAAUACCAAUGAAAAAACUCCGCCAGGUAUUUCUUCUUCGUUAAAAUCAACAGUUGAAAAUCAACUAAGACAUUAUUUAAAACAACAGGAUAAAUUAGCUUCAAAUUUCAAUUCACCUGCCCUUGUUUCUGGAUUUUCAACAAUUGUUCAAUUUCUUCUUCAAUACUACUGUAAUGUUGACUUAAUCGAUGUUGCAUCUAUUAAAUUAAUAGAUAUGUAUACAACUAAUAAGAAUGCAAAUAUGUUGAUCGUAAGAAAAACGCAAUUAACGCAAUCAACAGGAUUAGUAAAAGCAGAAUAUUAUCAAGAAUUACAAAGAGAUGAAGACAUUACACAAUGUCCUGUGUUUGCUUUAACCAUGUUUAUGUUUUUAGUUUGGCAUAAUCCCAAGAUUCCUAUCACUGCUCAAAAUUUUGAAAGUUUCCCACUAUUAGAUCCCAGUUCAAUCAUUAAUAAUAUCUUUAACCCAUUAAAAAGUCAUAUAUAUUCAACUCCUGAAAACCUCACAGAUCAAAAUGAUUUUUUAAUCAAUAAGAAAUUACGAUUUGAUAAUAAUGGAAACAAUUUUGAUAAGGUUUUGAGUAAUAUGGUAUUUCCUUGGCUGCCAAAAUUAAGAAGUGAUAUGAAAUAUUACCACAGAACUAAUUUUAAAUUAUAUUCGUUUUGUAAUUUAUUUGAAUUCUUUGGACGUGUAUUUAUUCAGGAUUGUACUUAUUUAUCUCGAAGUCCAAAUAUAUAUGGAAAUUUACUUCAUUAUGUACAGUCUUUCUUUCCUCAAUUUGAAAAUAUUUUGCACUCAAAGAGUAUUAACGACACUCAUGCAGGGUCAAAUACAAAAAAUGUAUGCUCAAGUAAUAAUUUUAAAGAUGAAUUAAGUGAGAAUAAAAAAAUUCUUGAUAAACAAAUACAAGAUACAUUAGAACGAAAUAUUUUUUUAGGGCGUGCCGUUGAUGAUAUGCAAAACGAUUUAUCUGCCAUGAAAAUGAGCUGCAAUACAAUGAUAGAUCUACAAUUAAAAGUACUUAAUAAUUUACAAUCUGAACAGGAAGAUAACCGUUUACAAAAUAAUAAAAAUAAUAGUUUAAACUCAACUUCUGUAACAAGUGAAAAUAUAAGGAAACCACAAGAGAGUUCUUCACUGACAAUCCCUUCUCAAACUUACCCCUCUAAAUUAAAUCGCACAGAUAUACAAGCUACAUCACUUACACGUUCCAGUAUAGAGUCACAAAAACCCAAAACACCCCCUUCAAUAGAUAUGUCAGGAAGCAAAUCUGUCCACAUAUUACCUCCAAUUAUCAACAAAACGCCAACGGCCCCAAAGAAUAAAACAGAUAACCCCUCUAUUCAAUUUUUGUCACCCGGCUUGAGUGUUACUGUUUCAAGUUCUCAUUCUUUUAAAGCAAAUGCUCUGCAAAGUUUGACUAAUGAUAUUAAUAUUGGAAAUUACAAAUUGAAUACUAAUAUCACAUCACCAAAAACGAUUAAAAACUUGGUUACAUCAGCAAGUCAUGAAACAGAUCAUGUCAUGCCAAAACUCCAACAAAAGCAUUUACUUCAAUCGUUGCCUGAGUCCGAUAAUAAUGGAAUUACUCAAUAUAAGAAACAAAAAAUUACUCCUUUAAAGAUAAAUAACGAACCACAAAAUAAUUCUAUGGAUUAUAGACCUUUCAUAUCUGGGUCAAAUAAUGACUCAUCUACCCAAUCGAUUACAGCUCCACGCCCAUCGAUACCAAUACCUAAUUCAUUUAGUCCUUCAUCAAAUAAUAUUAGCACUACUACUAAUAAUGAUAUAAAUCCACCUGAAAAAGAUAAUACGACAUAUUUGAAAAAUUCAUUUGCAGCAACUAUAUGGGAUGUUUAUAGAGAUUGGUAUAUUGGCUCCUCUGGAACGCUUUCGAUUAAAGAACAAUUAAUCAAUAACAAUUUUAAUAUAAAUUUGGUCAAAAAAAAUGUUUUUAAUUUUGAAGCUAAAAGUUUACUAAUGAAAUAUGUUGAGAUGGAAUGUAGUAAUUCUAUCUCGAAUGGAAGGUUCUCAGAUUCCAAUAAAACACGGGAUGAGAUCAGAAAAAUAAUCGUUCGAGAUGUCGAUAGUUUUAUGAAUUUGAAUGGUAUGACUUUGGAAACAUUAAUCUUACAUCUGAAUAAUUCUACACGUCAAAACACAUCUAUAUACAAAGACUUGAAAACCUGGGAAGUUAAUACCCUUAAUGAUAACUAA